CUAAUGGAUAAGGCACUGGCCUCCUAAGCCAGGGAUUGUGGGUUCGAGUCCCAUCUGGGGUGAAACAUUUUUCACUAUGAUUGAAACAAAUAGCACUAUGCAAGCACAGUUGGUUGUCUUGUUAUAUCGGAAUCUGAAAAAAAAUGUCCUCGUAGAGAAUUCCCAGAAUUCACAUAGAUCGCUGACAACCAAUUGGAAUACGUCCUAAUCUGUUCAACCAAUAAACACCUUUCCCUCUCCACAAGCUAACAACUUUCAUUUCCCGAAGUCUCAGUCUUGGUUCUCCUUUUACCACAAACUUCAGGCUACCGGGGUCUGUUCCGUCGAAGACAUGGGUGUAGAAAAACAGUUAUUAAUAACUUAUCUAGUGUUAGUGACAAUAACUUUCGUCGCAGCAGAAAGACUACGAUUGGCCACCGCCUACUGGGAUGCUACCCAUAAAGCUGUACUCUUGAAAGACGGAGUGUUGGAGAAAGAAGGAGAUGCUUAUGGAUUUUUCAACGACUCGCUUUCCAACACCGGCUGGGGAGUUCUGGAGCUACGAGCAGGUUAUGGAAAGACCCAAGAAAGGGACGAUGUCACCUAUUUUCUCGCAGGAUACCUAGAAGGUUUCCUCACAGCUGAGAAGAUGUAUGAUAACUACAACAAUCUGUACCCCCAGCUGAUCAAAGACUCAAAGACGCUGAUGGUUGUGAAGGAUUUCAUGAAUAAGCAAGACAAUUGGACCAGGCAACAGGUUAAACUGAACAAGGCUGAUCCAAUCUGGCAGCAUGCGGGCUUCUUAGUGGCUCAGACAGAUGGCCUUCAAGCAGGGGUUGCCCAUUGGGCCAAAAGCCAAGGGAAAACUCCGUUGUCAUUGUUUGCAGUGCAGUUCCUGAAUGCAGUAGGAGACCUGUUGGACCUGAUCCCUGCCCUGGUGCAUGGACCAAAACUGUCUCUUGGAGAUUACAGACAGCCACCCAUGGGUCACUGCUCUGCUCUGAUUAAGAUGCUGCCAGGCUUUGAGAACCUCCUGUUUGCCCACUCCAGCUGGUACACGUAUGCUGCCACACUGCGUAUCUACAAACACUGGGACUUCAACGUGCAAGAGGCAUCGACAGCCACCGGCAAGAUGUCCUUCAGCAGCUACCCUGGUUUCCUGGUGUCUCUGGAUGACUUUUACCUCCUGGGCAGUGGCCUGAUCAUGACUCAGACCACCAACAAUGUGUUCAACGCCACCCUGUUCUCGCUGAUUAAACCCAACACCCUGUUUGCCUGGCAGAGGGUGCGGCUGGCCCACGCCCUGGCCCACACUGGCGAGGAAUGGGCAACGCUCUUCUCCAAACACAACUCCGGCACCUACAAUAACCAGUACAUGAUAGUGGACACGAGUAAAGUGACCCUUGGGGAGCAGAUUGAGGACUGGGCCCUGACAGUGGUCGAACAGAUCCCCGGCCUGGUGGAGUACUCAGACCAGACCCAGGCCUUGCGCCGAGGUUAUUGGCCCUCCUAUAAUGUGCCCUUCCAUGCUGAGGUCUAUGCACGCAGUGGCUACAAGGAGAUGUGGGAGAAGCACGGGGCGGACUUCUCUUAUGACCUCUGCCCCAGAGCCAAGAUCUUCCGCCGGGACCAGGCCGGCGUGACUGACCUGGACUCUCUGAAGCACAUCAUGAGAUACAAUGAUUAUAAAAAUGACCCUUACUCUAAGGGCAAUCCAUGCAAGACCAUCUGCUGCCGCAAUGACUUGCAAGAGUUGAAACCCUCACCAGGAGGAUGCUAUGAUACCAAGGUGACUGACUUUGGCCGGGCUAAGAAGUUAAUUGCGGAGGCGGUGAACGGGCCCACCACACAGGGCGGGCUCCCUCCCUUCUCAUGGGACCGCUUCAACAGCACCAUGCACCAGGGCCUGCCCCCCGUCUACAACUUCACCUUCGUCACCAUGCAGCCUGUGCUCUUCACACCCUGAUCAGGCCGGGGACAGGCAGGCAGGUCCACGUGCAUGUGCCAGGGUGGGGUUGGAUGGGUGCUGGGGCCGCCAGGGGAGCUCAGGGAGGAGAAGGAAACGAAUCGUGAAUCAAAAAGCCAUAGGAGGAAGCAUAUUGAAAUUUCUUUUCAUCUUUUAAAGGCCAACCAAUUGAUUGUGUGUGUGUGUGCGUGCGCAUGCGUGCUGGCAAACCUGUGUUUGUGUUUGGGUAUAUGUGUUUUGUCCAGGACUAGUUGAUUGUCAGUUGGGAGUGCUGCAGUUUGACAGCAGGAAGCACCACUGUGCAUGACCUCUGUGUCUUUGACUAGAGAUUAUAGAUGAUUAUUGACGAUAGAUUAUAUUUUAUAAUGCUUUAAUUAGUCCAAUGUCUUGGUUUCUAAGUGGGUGCUUCUAUGAUACAACCACUUGACAUUUUGCACCUUUUUUAUUUUAUGAUGGUUAAAUAAAUAUGAAGAAGAA